CGCAAGUCCUGUACGUACAGGAUUGGUCAACGAGGACCUUUUUGCGCUCUCUAUUGUAGUAACUCUCGGUAGUGUCUCGCGGAGAACCGUGCGAGAGAACAGCCAGUUGUCCAGUUGGAGAGCUGAGGUGUCCAGCUCGUGAGCACAGGCGUCCUCGGUCAGCGUUCUUCUCUCCAAAAGUCCCCAACGACGCAGAACAAAAGAUGGUGGACACCAGGACGACGUUGGUCAACUGGACGUGCAGUUUUCAAAAGGAUUAAAUCUAGCUAAAAGUGUUGAUUUUUCAUCAAAUUUCGGGAUACACACCAACUUAUGAGCUGUUUGUAACGGAAAAAGUUCAAAAUGUUACGCUCCACUUCCGGAAGAGUGAAAAAACUAGAACAUGGAACCAUGUUGUGUCUUUCUGUGUCUGAAUAAUUGAUCAGCCACCUUCACAAGAAAAAUUGUUUUUAAAGUGACAUCAGCCUUUUGGCUCAAUAAUUAAAUGAAAGCUCAAACCUAAAAACUUUGAAACAGUGAACCAAACCUCCGUCCGAUGGUCCAGAAAAGUUCAAACCCCAGUCCAGUAACCUAAAUCGCAGACUGCACCAAACCCAGCGAAAAAGAAGAAGAAAUCCAAGGGGGAAAAAGCACAAGAAGACCCCAGUCGGGUUCAGCGUCCGCCUCAGGGGGGCCUCCCCAUUGGGCCACGAUGACGCAACUGGAGGAUGAUGGGCUGCUCAACAAUCUGCUCAAAUUUCCCGGGACAAUCAUCCUCUACAACAACGACCUGAACACCUACAACUAUGUCCUGAACGGCCACAACUCGAUUCCGUUCACGGCGGCUAGCACAACCACCCUGCCCGAGGGCGUGCUCGAUCUGAAUGGCGCCGUGUCCAUCAACGUCGAAACAGUGCCGUCCGAAACGGGGUUGGCAUCGCCGGGUUCGGACGCCGGAACGGGAUCCGACCUGCUGCUGGCGCACCACGGCGAGGACACCAACAGUGCCAGCAGCAGCAGCAAUGCCAGCGUCGCCAACGAGUCCAUGGCCAAUACCAGCGUGGGGAGCAUCCCGGACCAGGACUACGAAGGGGAUGACAUGGAAGUGGACGACGAUUCCGAACCGGAACUGACGAACCUUUCCUGGCUAACCGAGCUGAAGAACAUCACCAACCUGACACCUUCGGAUGUUCCGCAGACGGAUUUGCCAACGGCACGGUUCAACAAGUUCAUUGCGCAAGUGCGAAGGAGUCGUGAGACGUACGACAAGCGCAAGGAUCAGUACACAUCGGUCGCAAGUUCUGGCGAGAAACCACCCUUCAACUAUGCCCAGAUCAUUGCGAUGGCCAUGCUGGAACAAGGACGUAUGACGCUGAAGCAGAUCUGCAAGUGGAUACAGGAGAAGUUUUCCUACUACAAAGUGCACAAGAACUGGAAUAACUCAAUUCGGCACAACCUUUCGUUGAGCUUUUACUUUACCAAAGUUUCACGAGCCAAAGACGAAAAGGGAAAGGGUGGAUACUGGGAGCUGUCGAUGGAUGUGUCCAAAAGUGAACGAAAGCGGGUUCGGGUUCGCCACCGGAACAAGGGCAACUCGGCCGGUUCUUCAAUCCGCAGUCGGAACAGGUCUCGCAGAAGUGAUGCCAGCACUUUUGAUACGGUUGAUGAACCAAAAGGGCGCGCGAUCGACACAAAUAACAACAACAACAGUCAGGCAGAAGUGAUCCACUAUACAGCCACCAGUGCCGAACCGAUCGUAAUUGAUGAUCAGAUCAUACAAAACAUAACCAUUGAAGCAUUGGAUUCUUCUGAAUCUGAAAGUGCUUCUCCCGUGGCAGAUCAUACGUCGGCUGUUAACGAAUCUCCGGUUUUUGCCAUCAACGAGGAUCAACUGAUCAAGACCAGCACGCUGGUGGAGAACUGCAGCAUCAACUUUGACUCGAUCAUCAACGCCGACAAUGGCUCAAACAUUUUCACCAGUCUCAACGUUGACGAAAUAUUCUCCGACAACGAGAUCCCGCAGCCCGCCAACGACGACAUCAUCGUGCCAUUCUUCGGCACCAGCGGCCAGCAAUCAAUCCAGACCGGGCCGAACGUGAUCGUCGAAACCAUCCCCUACUUCCUUCCCGACAUGGGCACCUUUGACGAGCAGGACUUUGGCAAUCUGAUCAACAUCAACGAGCAGGAGAUUAGCGACGAGUUCCUGAACGAGCAUGGAUUCUUGUAAAUCGCGUAACACGACAGAUGUUGCGUUUGAAGUUUAUUUUUUAUGCGUUUUCAACCGUAAAAAUUGGAAACCAAUGUGCAUUCGUUGGUGCCUUUCUCAACCAGUGUUUAGUCCGUCCAAGCCAUUAACAUUAACACAAACACACAUUCGUAACCAAGGAAUGUAAUUUCUAGUCUCUAAUUGUAAAACUUAGGAAGCUUAAGGAUGUGGGAGGAAAAAGAAAGUGGAGUGAAAACGUGCCGAGAACGCACCCACGCAUUGUGGGUGGUGGCAGAAGUCUGAAAAACGGAAAUCACAUCUUGUCUUAGCUGUUACUGCUAUGUUUUGUAGUGAAUAAGGCAUGAUACGUAGUGUGAUUAAUAAAGGCACAAAUACAUAAUUUCUGCACAAAUUGACAUCAGAUCAUGAA